AUGUCGGUCUCCGGUGGCGCCGCCGUCGCCGGUGGGAACAUUAGGAGGAACCAUCGUUGCCUCGGCGAGAACCGUUUCUACAGCCCGCCACUGUUGCGGAAAUACAGACAGAAGCACGAGCAUGAACAGGAGAAGAAGCAUGGGUCAAAGUUGUCGGAGAAGGGACCUGGUACCUCUUCCGAUUGUUCCGUUUCUUCGAGUGGAACAACAUGUGAUGUCUCCAAUUUGUGUCGGUUUUUGGAGCACGCCACACCACAUGUUCCCGCUCAAUAUUUUCCCGUGAGAAGCAAGAGGAGAUGGAAAACCAUGGAGGGAGAGUUGCAUCCGUACUUUGUGCUUGGGGACUUGCGGGAAUUUUUCAAGGAAUGGAGUGCAUAUGGGGCUGGUGUGCCUUUGCUGUUGAAUGGAAAUGAAUGUGUCACACAGUAUUACAAUGUCUCCUUGUCUGCCAUUCAGCUUUAUAUUGAUCCAUUAAAGCCUUCCCCGCGGUUAAGGAGACCUAGUCAGGGGAGUGACUCUGAAUCAGCUAGAGAGACCAGCAGUGAUAGCAGCAGUAGCUAUUGUUGUGAAAGAGGGGUAAAGAGUGUGGUUCAUGGCAGUCGGAACCAGCGUGACAUGUCAGAUGCAAGCAAUCAUGGUCUGGAAAGAGUUUCAGUAAGAAGUAAAUCUUUAAUGGGUUCAUCAAGUGAUGAGACUGAAAGCUCCACCCCACCUGGUCAGCUUAUAUUCGAAUACUUUGAGCAUGAAAUACCUUAUAAUCGUGAGCCAUUAGCGGAUAAGAUUUCUGAUCUUGCACGUCAAUUUCCUGAGUUGAAGACCUACCGGAGCUGUGAUCUUUCACCUGCAAGUUGGCUUUCAUUGGCUUGGUAUCCAAUAUAUAGAAUACCUACUGGUCCCACACUACAGAGCCUGAGCGCCUGCUUCCUGACCUUCCAUUCCCUGUCAACAGCUUUGGAAAGUCCGAAUAAUGAUGGGUUUCAUCGUCAUUGUUCAAGAGGUAGGGACAUGUCAUCCAAGUUAUCUUUACCAGUUUUUGGGCUUGCCUUUCAUAAGUUGAAAGUUUCUGUCUGGGAUCCUGAUGGAGUUUCUGAAAGUCAGAAAGCCAAUUCUCUGCUGCGAGCUGCUGACAACUGGAUUAGGCUGUUGCAAGUUAACCAACCCGAUUACAGUUUCUUUAUGUCUCCUCAUUCAUAUCGGAGAUGA